GUACAAUGUUUAUAUAUUGCGUCCUUCUCUCUUUGAUAAGAUCUCUCUAGGCAUCUUACCAUCCCGAGGUCGAAGCACCUAAUCAGAUAAAGUCCCGGGGCAAAGACGUCAUCGAGAAAAUGGUUUCCCUCGUCGGUAUGCGGUUGCCCCUCCUACUGGUAUUGCUGCACGCAGUAUUCGGUUCGGCAUACCGUUGGUACAACUGGCAAUAUGAAGUGACUUGUGAAGCUGAAAAGCUCAUCACUCCCGCGGAUGAGGCUGGUGUUGUGGAAUUCCUGAAGAAUGAGUUCCCUAAACAAUCUCAUAUCAAAGUUGUUGGAAACGGUCAUGGAUUUGGCAACCUUACUACAUGCGUUGACCAAUCUCUCACGAACAAGACUUCGUACAUUGUGAACCUUGCGAACUUGAAGUCUCUUGAGAUCAACAAGAAGAAUAUGACAGUCACUAUCGGUGCCGGUUGGGACGUCUACGAUAUUAUCAACGUGCUCAAGGAGCAUGGCUUGUCCUUCAACCACCUCGGUGCUGAACGGGUCCAGAACUUCGUUGGGGCUGUCAGCACUGGCACUCACGGUACCGGACGGUAUGUCGACAACAUGGCUAGCCAGGUGGUCGGUCUCCGCAUCGUCGAUGCGAGGGGUAAUAUCAAAGUGAUCAAUGAAUGGAACAACCCUGAGGAGCUGAAAGCAUUCCGGGUCUCCAUUGGUGCUCUCGGUCUGAUUACCGAGUUGACAUUCAAGGUCCAACCGACAUAUCUCCUAAAGAAAACGACCACUGUGCUGAACGCCACGACCAACUACACCCAGUUGUAUACCGAAAUCGCCGACCUGUACAAGAAGCACGACCGUAUGACUGUCUGGGGUCCCCACUUCGACUGGGAUAGUGAAGCUCAAGACUGGGUCAUCGAACCUACUUUCUUUGCCAGCUGGUGGGAGCCAACAAAUUACACUGGAGUCCGCAACUGUACGCUGAACUACUGUGCCAACGGCUGUGGUGAAUGUAUCAAAGAUUACAUCUGCUACGAUGAGGUCAGUGACGCCACCUCUGCUCCUCCACAGGGUGUGUGCAGCCGUGAAUUCUACGCUGAGAUCGAGCAUUUCUGGCCAUUUGAGAACUUCAUGGACGUCGCAGUCAACUAUACCAAGUUCCAGCAAUCCCAGACUCCGAGGAUGAAGGGCUUUGACAACCAGGAGAUGAUUUUCCAGUAUCGUAUCUUGAAGGGCGACGACGCAUACAUGUCUCCCGUUAACACAUACAACUUGGGCCCUCAAAACAGCGGCGUAUUUGGUGUUCUGGAGAUUGACUGGAUUCAGUCCGUCAACAACUUCACUACGCUGUGGAACAACCAGGGAUUCGCUCUUGAGUUCAUGGAUAAAUUCGGCUACGAACUCAAUGCUCGUGCCCACUGGAACAAGAUGUCGCCAAAUGACCCCAAACAUACCUUGUUCGCCUUCCCGAAGCUGCCCGAGUUUUUGAAGUUCCAGGAACAGCAGGACCCCAACUGUCAGUUCGUCAACGAGUUCUUGGUCAACCAGCUUGGUAUAGACCGCUGUCGGGACGCGAUCAGUCAAUAGAGUCGCCAUUAGGUGAAGACUUUACGUCUUCAAUGUUAUUAUUGGCUUCAUUUGUCCAUUCACAAUUUGGGGUCGGGGCAUACCCCCGAGACUCACGAGCCAUCCCAUUAUACGGUCGCCUCAAUAUUGUAUAUAAUUUUCAUCCUAUAUGACAUAAUAUGACUGUGAAUGGGAUAUCUGACAUGUGAGAUCACAGAGUACGUUGUCAGAGAAUAAUGCAUCCACUGCGACGUUGAACUAUCUCAACUAGACUGGACAAUUUUC